CGUGACGUUUCUGUCGCAGGCAAAUGACGUCACUGAGAAGGCACGGUGGUGUUUUCAAGUAGCACGAGGAUUUUAACACCAUUCUUCGAGGAAGUUCGGUAAAAUGGCAAAGAAUAAACAAAAGGGGAAAAAACAGAAGAACGUCUUUCAAGUGGCAAACAAGCACUUGAAGAACAAGACCAAAGCGAAACCCGUCACAACAACACUCAAACAUAUCAAUACAGUGAAAAAGGAGAAAGUGGAGAGUCUAAAUCAAAUCUUCACAGAAGUCCAGAGGGAUGUUAAGAGCAUUUCAAAGUCAGUCGCUCCUGAGCCAAAGAAACAAAUACAGGUUGUCAGAGAGUCACCAAAGGAAUCUGUAAAUAUCGACAAUGCCACUCAACUCCUCUCUCAGCUAUAAUGGUGUAAAAAUAAGUGAUUACCAUGAACAAAGAUGAUGGACUGAAUAUGCUCUCAAAGCAUUUUGUCAUUUCUCUUCAAAAUGAGGACUACAGAUGAGCUGACAAGAACCUGCUGCAUUGAUAUGGGAGUGAAACCUCAUGUGCAACUCAAGGUUUUUGCGUAUUAUGUGCACAAAGAAAUCAAAUCCAAUGACAGACUUGAACACUGUCAAUUGUAACCUUCUUUCACAUUAUGCACCUUUGUGUAUUUUAUUAAUAUUCUUUUAGACUUUGAAUACAGAUUAUUGUCAUUAUUGAUUCUCAGAAAAUGCUUACAUUAGAGCAGAUUCAAACUGUAAUGUUAUAUAUGGCACGAACAAUAAGUUAAAUGAAAUAAAAUAAAGUGUUGAUAUGUCAGAUGACUAAUCUUUUCAUUAACCGAUUCUCUUUAAAACUCUUUGUGUGCCUUGUAGUCAUUUUUCAAUAAACUUUUCAAAAGAA